AUGUCCUCUUCAGCACCACCCGUACGACCUCCAAGGCGACCCACAGGCGUGGCAGCGACCAAUAGCCAACGUUCACCGCCAGCUACAACUGGAACAGCCAACGGAACCUCUGGGACGACACUUGUAGCCAAAGGUUCUGUUUCACGCGCAAGCCCGACGCCAAAAGCGCCGCCUCCCAUCCGCCGUACCACGGCCAGCUCACGUCCCAACUCGAUUCGAUCCGAUUCACGAGACGCGGCAAAGGAUGGUAUAACGGGCUCUACCAAGGAUACAGAUACACAUGAUUCUCCAGACGCAAGUCGGGACGAAAAGAACUACGACGAACUACGUCUUCGAAUUCAAGACCUUGAUGGGACUGUUUCAUCUCUCGCAGCGGAGAAUGCAAGUCUCCAGACAUCCUUGAAUCAAGCAGAGACCCGCAUCUCCGAGCUGUAUGCCGAUCAAGCCAGGAUGGAUGAAGAACUUUCUGUUCGAAACAAUCUCGCAGAGAAGCUUCGGGCUCAGCUUCGCGAACUGGAAAAGGAGAAACGAGAUUUGACGCGCAGGUAUAACGAACAGACUUCAACGUUCGAGGCAGAGCGUCAAUCGUUUUACGACAAUGAACAGCACCUCAAGUCACGCAUCCAAGCGCUGUCGCAAAGCCGCAAGGAAGUGGCAUCACCACGCAAACAGCGUGCGGCUGAGCUCGAUGAUAAUGCUUCUAUCGUCAGCGAGAUUGACGAUCAACCUCAGUCGUAUCCUGAACCUGCCGCUGGAAGCAAGUCGACGCCAGUAACGCGCCGUCGAGGAGAGACCAUCACUCCGAGUCGCAACUUUGAGAGUGAGGAGAGCGAGCCGGCAGAAAUGACAACACUCAAGCUCGAGCUAUCAACUCUUUCAACAUCACACGCCUCUCUUCAAUCCACGGUUCAUCUCCUUCAAACACAGUUGCUCGACCUGCAGCGAGUCAACGCGGAGCUACAAGAGGAAAAUGAAGGGUGGAAAGUGCUGGUUCAACAGCGCACUCUGGCCGGUACAUUCGACAUACUCACGCUCGGAGGUGCUGCACCUCAAGCGGACAAGGCUAAAGCUGGAGAAGAUGCCUCGUCUGUGUCCAACGGUCGUAAUAGUACACUCGACCAAGUUUCAGAAAUGGACGAAAUCGCAUACGAAGCUGGUAUUACAGAUCCUGCGACUGCAGAUCCCAAGAACACACUCGAUGCUUCUCUCUUUGGAAACGAGAUCAAGCGCACCGACUCUCCCGCAUCACGGCAUUCUCGACGGCGGGGUAGCACCGUCACCAAUAACGACGGCAACGCACUUCAAGGUGAAACUUUGGCAGACUUGCCGAUCACUGGACCAGGACUUGAUUUGGCCGCAGAGCUGGGUCGAGCACAGAAUGCCGAAGGGUUCAUUGACGGGCAGGGUGGUAAUGUGCCGAAGAAGGCGAAGAGUGCCGAGGAAACGCGCCUCAAGAAUGAGAAUGACACGCUGAGAACGGAGAACAAGAAUCUCAAAGACGCAAAUAAGGCGCUCUCGCUGUAUGCUUCGAAGAUUAUUGACCGCAUCAUUGCGACCGAAGGGUUCGAGAACGUCUUAGCCGUCGACUUUCAAGAUAGAGGUGGUGGAAGUAGUGAAAAGGGAGCCCCAAAGUCCAAGGCUCGUCCUGGAAGCCUACUCUUCGGGGUUGGCGGUGUCAUUCCAGAUGCGCCCCGGUCAGCCGCACCUGUGGAGAAGCUGACAACAUUCGAGUCGAUCGGCCUCUCCAAAGCUGCUUCUAAUACUCCUGCGGCAACGCCCGUCAAACCAAGCCCGGCCCCUCCAAAGGCUGCAGAUGAUCCUCGUAGGUCAAGGCGAUCAAUGUCCUUUGACUGGCGUGGCUUCUCGUUGUUUGGAGGAGCAGCAGCACAGACAGAGGCUGAGAAGAAAGCAAAUGAUCCCUCGCUACGACCACUCACGCUGCGACCAGGCGCUCCUCAGCUGACUGCCAACCCGUCGACAAUGUCAGCCCGGAAGCUGGAGACAGCGGAAGACGACGAAGAUCGCCGAGAGAGGGAGAGACUUCGAGCCACGAUGCGUUUGAUGGGUAUUGACCCAGCCAAGGAGGGCUCAGUACCUCCAACGCCGAUGGAGGGUCCCUCGAUGCAGUCCUUCCGCUCAGCGACCCAAGAGCGCACCCCGACGGCCGCUACGACAAGUCAGCCCACUGCAGGAGCAGGAGCAGCCGCGCCUGGAGCAGCACCGAACAGUCGAUGGUCGUUCUUUGGUCGAAAGAACACGGCUGAGGUGAACCCUUCUGCCUCGAGUUCGUCAUCCUCGCUCGUACCAGGGAAAUCAGUCUCCCCUGCGCUAGGAGCACCCUUAACGGCAGAGGCAUUGGAACAGGCCGAAGCAGAGUCUCACUUAGCCGCACUCGACGCACGCGAAAAAGUGGUCAUGGAAGAGAUUGCAAAGGGAGGCUCUGGAGGUUUCACCGAGCUCACUGGUCCCAAUGGGGCGCCGAGGAGACGGCUGGGCGAGGAAUGGCGCAGUCGUCGGAAUAGCCAAAACUUGAGUGGAGGGGCGGAUAUGGUGCGGUCACGUAGUUUGAGAAAGGAAGGUAGCUCUGCCGGGAGCGCAUCCACCGUGUGGAGUGCAGGCAAAGACGACGACUAA